AUGGCACACCGCAUAAUAACACAGGUCGUGUUUUCCGGCGCACGCAUUAUAGGCCGCGCCGUCUCCGAAUCCUACCGUCAAGCCGCUGCCUCGCAGAAGUUUGCCGCCGCCAAUGCUGGAAGUGGCGGCGGCAGCGCCUUCUCGUCCUCCAACAUCACCAUGGACGAGGCCUGCAAGAUCUUGAACGUUGCCCCGGGCAAGAUGGGCACAAUAGAAGCAGAGGCCGUCACCGAACGUUUCAAGCGACUGUUCGACAUGAACGAUCCGAAGAAGGGUGGCAGUUUCUACCUGCAGAGCAAGAUCCUAAGGGCUAGAGAGAGGAUUGAACGAGAGUUGCAAGGCCACCGACGGAUGGCUGAGAGGGAGCAGGAGCUGACAGAAGGGUUCAAGCCAAAGUUCACGAAAGAUGACAAGUGA